CCCCCCUCCCCCGCGCCUCGGCUCCCGCAUCCCUCCAUCCAACCCUGUGCCGCAGCCGCAUCACCACCGCAGCCCAGGCAGAGCCCAGUCGGCCCAGGCCCCUGUCUCUGCCUGGCUUCGGCUCCCCGCCCCCAACCACGCACCUUACCGGCACAUCCCUGGGAGGUCUAGUCCGGUGCCCCCAGACCCCGGCCUCCAGCACAGAGGCAAGAGGCAGAGAGCAGCAGCGGAGGCGGGAGGACGAAGAAGGGGAGGAGGAGCCCGUCGCAGGAUGAAGGAUCGGACUCAGGAGCUGCGGAGUGCGAAAGACAGUGAUGAUGAAGAGGAGGUGGUCCAUGUGGAUCGAGACCAUUUUAUGGAUGAGUUCUUUGAGCAGGUGGAAGAGAUCCGGGGCUGCAUCGAAAAACUGUCUGAGGACGUGGAGCAGGUGAAGAAACAGCACAGCGCCAUCCUUGCCGCCCCCAACCCAGAUGAGAAGACUAAACAGGAGCUGGAGGACCUCACAGCGGACAUCAAAAAGACGGCCAACAAGGUCCGGUCCAAGUUGAAAGCGAUCGAGCAAAGCAUCGAGCAGGAAGAGGGGCUGAACCGUUCCUCGGCGGACCUGCGCAUCCGCAAGACCCAGCACUCCACACUCUCGCGGAAGUUCGUGGAAGUAAUGACCGAGUAUAAUGCAACCCAGUCCAAGUACCGGGACCGCUGCAAGGACCGCAUCCAGCGGCAGCUGGAGAUCACUGGCAGGACGACCACCAAUGAAGAACUGGAAGACAUGUUGGAAAGCGGGAAGCUGGCCAUCUUCACGGACGAUAUCAAAAUGGACUCGCAGAUGACAAAGCAAGCACUAAAUGAGAUCGAGACAAGGCACAACGAGAUCAUCAAACUGGAGACCAGCAUCCGAGAGCUGCACGACAUGUUUGUGGACAUGGCCAUGCUUGUGGAGAGCCAGGGCGAGAUGAUCGACCGCAUCGAGUACAACGUGGAACAUUCCGUGGACUACGUGGAACGAGCCGUGUCCGACACCAAGAAAGCUGUGAAAUAUCAGAGCAAGGCGCGGAGGAAGAAAAUCAUGAUCAUCAUUUGCUGUGUGGUGCUGGGGGUGGUCUUGGCGUCAUCCAUUGGGGGGACCCUGGGCUUGUAGGCCCCUACCCUUCUCUUCCCCUGGACCUCCCCACACAUCGGGAGCAAUACCCCCACCUCCCUUUCACUCUUUUCCCUGCUCCAAGCUCACCCCCAAAAACGGACCCAGGCAGUUCCAGCCACUCUCCCCCUCAUGCAGACCCUGGAGUUCCUGGCUCUCACCUUGCCAUGGAUCCCCCUCCACCUUGCCGCACAUAGAUAGCAGCAGGCGUGAUCACACAUGCACACGGACAUGCAUGCCGAGGGCACAUGCUCAAGGGCACCCCAGCGUGUGUGUGUAUUUGUGUAGAUGUAUGUAGAAGCCCCGAACCUUUUCUUGCUGCCACCUUCAUCCUGUGUGGUCUCAACUUCCCUUUCUACCCGGUUGCUGUGCCGACGGGUAGUCGAGUAUAACACAGCAGCCCACCGCGGCCCAACCUGUCCUCUGUGAAUAAGACGUGCGUGUAGCACAGGUGUGCGUGCAUGUGUGUAUGUGUGUCCAUAGAUCUGUGGCCAUACAGUGUGCGUACAUGGAGUUUUUUGAGUGUGAAAACCCAAUGCAAAAGCAAUUCCUCCGCUGACCUUCUCUCCCAUCUGAUACAUUUGGAGCAGGAGGUAGGUGUGAGGAAAAUUCACAUCCUGGGGAUCCAGGGAGGCCCAGCGACCAUGGCCCACAUCCCAUGAGAUGUAUAACAAACUCACAAACUCUCCUGGCUUGGUCACUACCAGGGGUUACAUCAUGUCCUGGGGAUGUGUGUGUGUGUGUGUGUGUGUGUGUUGGGCCUUGGAGUUCAGGGAAGGCAAGUGGAAGCCUAUAUGUGUAAAUGAUAAGCAACUUGGCUUAGUUUGUAUGAGUGUGUAUUUUCCUUAACAGAUGAUGUGAAGGGCUUGUGCACAAGACGUGUGCGCGUGUGUAUGAAGUGUUGAUAGUUUUCUCCUCAGACAGAGCCCUCCAUGCUGUGAAUCAGACAUUAGUUUUGGGUGGGUACAGAUAGCUGUUUCUAUGCCACCUGGAAUAUGACUGAGUGUGUUCAUGCAUGCAUCCGUAGGGACCUCAUAACAUGUUUCUGCUUCUGGGUAUCACACACACACACACACACACACACACUUUACAUUUUAGGGUAUACUCCCCAUCCAGGCUGUGUCUUCGGGCUUAGUUACUUGCUCCCCAUCUCCUCAGAACUGCGGCCAUACACACUGCUCCAUCAGAAGGUGCGAGCGGAGCGUCCCCACCAGACCACCUGAUGGGGAAACACACACCCAGACUCUUACCUUUCUGUUUCUGCCCGAGGGCAGUACCGAGCCAUGGACAACCAGCAUAUACUAGCGGGCUCCAGAAUGCCGAGGCCGGGGAAGUCCCCAAAAAGUGGCCACAUGUAGGUGCCGGGGCCUUCCACAUUAACAUCAUAGCGCCCACCCCGGGCCACGCCCAUUUGUACACGACUGUCUCCUGGAAGGAGAAUGGUGGGACUCGUGAGAUCAGAUGCCAAGGGCUGCCCCUGGCGGGCGAAAAAUCACGGUCUUUCUCCUUCCUGCCUCUUAAACUCACACCUUAGGAGCUACUGUCUGUCCUCACUGCCCCAGAUAACGCUCUGGACUCUUUCUCAAGUAACUUGGGUUUGGGCUGCCGUAUUUCACACAUACCUGAGUGGCCAUUUAGGGUCGUCCUUGAACCUGUCCUCCGGACAUGUGUACUGCCGAAACAUCAGUCACGGGCACUACCGAGGCUGCGUGACAGGCAGGGUGGGACUGGGACUAGUCUCUGGCAGGAGGGAGUGGAGGGACCCUAACGUGGUUUGGACGGCUGUGUGGUUUGUGGGUUCUUGGGGAACGGGCAGGAGGUCAGCGGGAUAAAGGCCAGUGCUGGAAGUCCUGUGAAUGUGGAGGCAGUAGAUGGAGGUGCAUGCGUCCUGCCCUGGAAUAGGGCAGCCACGUGGUGGAGUGUGUGUGCGCACAAGUGCUUGCAGGACUGAGGGAGAGAUCUUGCAAAUAUGACCUUCCAGAUAGCCAAGAUUUUUCUGAGCCAGGGCUGAUAGCUGCCCCUUCCCUGCCUGCUGUUUGAGCCCUGUCCACCUGGUGUGUGUGUGUGUGUGUGUGUGUGUGUGUGUGUGUGUGUGUGUGCGUGCGUGCGCGUGCGCGCUUGUGUUUCUUGGUCCGUGUCCACAGGUAUGUAACCCCCAGAUUAGCUGUGCUGAGGAGGGAGCCUCCCUAUCCAUCCCAGAAUACUCUUCUAUGGGACAGGGGCCGCCCAGAGCCUCCCGCCCCAACCCUUGGCUUCUUUGAAGAUGUCAGAGGAGGCCCCAGCACCCAUCCCCUUCUUCAGCCAGAACUCCCUCUAACCCGCGUGUUUCCAGCAGCCUCCCCCACACCCCAGUCACGGUGUUCGCAAGGACAGGACUGUGGCUGGCAUGCUGCCCCCUGCCGCUUUCCACGGCACUGGACCCAUGGCUGCCCACCACUGAGCCUCCAGUCGCUGAGCAGCCCCCGAGAGUCUGCUGGAGCCCAGCUUUCUACAAGAUCCGCACCUCACAGGAUCGACAUGCCUGUUGACUGCUGUCCACGUGUGUGUCCUGGAUGGUUGCCUGGGGGCUGGUGUGUUUUGCAUGUUCUCAGAUCUGAGUGUGUGCUGCCUGCCCUCCACACACCUAAGCCCAAUCGUGCCCCCUUGGUGGUCCCGGGCCCACGCCAGGACUCAAUGCUUCCAUUCUCCCCUUCCUUGCCUCGUACAAAGCACACUACCUGUCCAUCUCACGUGCCCGUGGCUCAGCACGCUCUUGUCAUGCCUUGAGCGUGUACACAAUGUGUUCUAUGCACUUACCCUGCCCUCCCCACAGAGGACAAGAUGGUUGCCCCCAGCUCCCUUCCCCCCCCCCACUGAGCCUUUCCCCACGCCCGCUGUGCAGUUGUGUGCGUUGGUGUGUUUCUGUGUCGCUGGCGUGUCAUGUGAUGUAGCCAUGUUUGCUGACAUGAGCCCCUGCCCCCUUCUCUUUUUCUCCAUUGGUUUCUAGAACUCUCUCCCUCCCCUCCCCUGAGGGGACAGGACUCCUGGGGCCUGGCUGGGGGCCCAGAACCUGGCCACCCUCCUGUUAGCCCUCAGGGUCUUCCUUCUCUCUAUUGGUGACCAAGUUGCAAAUGGAUAAAAUACAGGAAAUUCUGACCCCCCUGCCCCAGACCUGCAUGUCCUGUCCCCAGUGGCCCCGAACCCCAUCCGGGGCCAGGUUGGGCCUGGUGGGACGGGAGAAAUAGCAACUAAUCCAACAGCGGG